UGCCCCAAUCUUCAUGAUCAUUGGAAUUCGCUUCAAUCAGACCGAGCCUUUGAAACCGUUAGGACCAGAAUGUGCACCAUCCUGGGCAACACUAUCACCAUGGUAAGUUGUCCGACUGCGCACGCCUCGCAAACUGAAGCCGACGCUGACAUGCUCUCACAAAGGCAAGUCUCCUCGCUAUCAGUAGUGUUUUCGUCAUUAUGAUCUUUCCUGUGUCAUACUUCGGCUAUACACCAUCCAUUCCCUAUUGUCUGCUCUUUACAUCACUCAUGUUUGCCAUAUUUUCCAUGUUGAUAUCUGGCUCGAGCACGAUACGUUGGCUACACACCGAUCGUCACAGCACUCAAGAACAACUCAAACAAGGCCGCUACUUCGUCUGGUCCUACCUGUUGUCAAUAGUCACGCCUAUGUUCUUCAUUUUCUGGUCCCUGAAUUGUUUUGUUUUUGCGAUGUUGAUAGCAGGCUUUUCAUCUCAAAGUGUGAUCUACCGCACCGUCACUGCGCUUGGGCUGGUUGCAUACGUUGUCAACGUUGGGAAAAUAUCGAUAGAAGCUAUGUACAGGUAUAGGACAGGCCUUGAGCACGCCGAAUCUCGCUAGUGAUGUACAGUUUCCAUGUUUUAGUUAGGAAGAAUAUACUGCCAGACUGUCCAUUUCCCAGA